AUGUUUGACGAGCGUCUCGACACCGGAACACUUGAUCAUCACCAACACCCCGCUCGUGAUGGCUUCUGCCAGCCGGAGGAUUGCAAGCCCGAGACUGCCCGCCUUGACGGCGAUUAUUGCAAGCAUGACGAGGACUGCCACGCCGCCCAUCCAUGUGCCGAGGAUCAUUCUCACCCGCAUGGCGUAGUAGCUCGUGUCGAUGACAAUGCCAGCGUCACUUCCAAGGCGUCCACUUGCUGUGGCUCCGUCGAGCGGUGCGAUGAGAAAUGCAUCUGCACUGCUGCUCAAAUCGAAUGCGCCAAACCCUACCAGGGCGAGGGCGACUACGACCAGCACAAGAAGCAUCCACACGAACACAAUGCUGCCGGAGAAAGUCCUGACAUGGACCGUACCUCGCACCUUACUGCUGCCUUCGAAAACCUCUCAGGUUAUCAAAGUGACGCCGUCCGUCACUACGGCCCGCAUCACCAUCAUGGACGUGGUCGUCAUCAUCACCACCAGCACGGAGUGUCCGACGGCAUUGUUCGAAGACACAUUGCCAAGACGCUUUCUUCGCACCACGACGAUAAUAUGUCGACCCAUCUUGUUGGAGGCGCCGCUUAUGACUAUGACCGUGCUCAUGACCGCGAUCAUGGACACGGCUACAGCCACAGUCACGAUCAUGGCAAGGGACCUUGCUGCACUGGGCACCCUCCCAAGGGCCCCAUGGUCGUCGAAGCUGGGUUUGUUCAGAACGGUGACUUUAACAUUGAGAAGAGCGUUGAUUACGACCUCAUGUCUGUUGCCGUUGGAGGCAUGGACUGCAAGCGGCGACAAGCUUUCCCGUGCUUUUCUUAUGAUACCUGGUGUUACUCAAGCUUCAUCGGGGGUGCCUACUUCCUCAACGUUGCUGAUAACUCCGGCAUUGCUAAAGACCGUGCCCGCCAGCCUUCUAAUAGAGUCACUGAUGUCUUCGUCUUGGACAAGAAAACCAUCCAGCUAGCCUAUGGCCCCACCACUGCUGGAGCGAGGACCAUUCUCGAUUCCAUCUCCGAUAAGACGCCCGCGCUCGCGCCACCCUGCGCUGAUCCUCAGCUGGAGACUUUCCGCCGCGGGCUUUGGGACGAAGCCAUCAAGACGGGCCUGGCGGCUGUCUGUAUUAUCCCCGUCGUUGUACUUUCUCGGGGUCAAGGUCUCACCGACAAGAAGACAAAGGAAGACAAAGGCUGUCGCUGUUAUUGUCCGCGGUUCGGCCGUUUAAGCGAUCGCCGAUCCUGA